UCUAGUAGAGCUUUUUUAAUCACUUUAGAAAUUUCAUUGAAUUUUUAAAUUGUAAUCGUUGCUUUGUAUUAGAUUUUUGGGUAAUAUCGAAGACGCUGUUCAAGCUUUGCUAUUUAAAAUGAAUGUCAUAAUUGGACUCAGUGUCGUAUCCGCAACUUUUCCGAUGCUUUACGUAAGUUUAGCGUUCUCGAUAAAUUAUUAUUAUUGUGAACGGAUAUUUUUUGAUACCAUUUAGAAUCAAUCGUUGGCUGUAAUGGGACAGUUUUUGAGUCUGCUUAUAUCAGGCUGCGUACGAAUGUAUAUUAUUGCACAGUCGGCAGAAGAUUUGAGAGAAAGUAGUCAACGGUUCUCAAUAUCAGUUUACAAUAUUCAAUGGACAGGAAAGUCACGGAAAAUGACAAACAUCGUAUUGUUUAUGAUGCAGAGGAGUGGGAAACCAUUUGAGGUUUCAAUGGGUGGUUUCUUUCCAGCUCUUUCAUUGGAGUAUUAUUCGCACUUUUUGACUACCAUAUGUUCCUAUUUUAUGGCGAUGAGAACCACUAUAAAUUCUUAAUUUUCCCGGUAUGUAUCGUGUCUAAAAAUGAUGAAAAAUUUGUUGUAUUUACAAUAAAAAUUGAACAAUAUCAAAUUUUCCUCUAGGUAACCAAUAGAGAUAGCUUUCAAUCUGUUCAGCUAACAUGGUCUUUCAUUUCUUUCCAUUUGUCCCUUCUGAAAAUUUAUUAAAAUAGUUGCAUUAUUUCAGUUGAACGUGGAAAACGGCGUAAAAUAUCAGGUCAUCAUGUUGAUUAUUUUAUGCUUCAUCUCUCUGAUAUACAUUCAAAUAAAUAAGAGAAAUUAUUUUUACCUGCAAAGAAAGCUGCAGUACAUUUGUAGAUUGUAUUGCGUAACUUCUUCGGGGGUUGCACAUCGACUCAACUGUUAAGGGUUGAAAACCGCCACGGCUGAAGCAAUGAUGUAUAGAAGAUAGGUAAACCUACCAAUUAGCUUAUUUCCGUAGGCAACUGUUUUCUAUAAUGUUCGCUGCAUCUAACGCUGUACCGAGGAACACCCAUAAUCUCUUUGUAUGAAGAAUAUUACCUAUUGAAAUUCAAUUCUGUCACGGUGAUUAAUUAAUCAAUUCGAUGGUUCGGUUUUCAUCGUUCGUGCUCCCUCUAACACUUCCAUUAGUAUGGAAGCUGUCUUCGCUCUA